GUUCUGCUUUAUGUUUUUGCGAAGCAAGCUGAAAAGGCUCCAGAAAAGGGAUCAGAACUUGAAGUUCAGAUCAGACACAGAGAUGAAAAAGGAAAAAAUCCAGUAUUUCCUGACAGUAUAUAUUGGUCAAUGAGAGUUUGCUCGGUUUUUUUCAUAUCUAUCCAGAAACUGGAAAAAUGAGUUUGACGUGUUAAACUCCUUGUUCUUGAACUCAGAUGGUCAAUUCAGCGUUUUGUUGGUUUACGUUUUGAUUUCAGUAAGUAACAAUGCCUUUGUGUUUUGAUUAGGUGGAGAAAGCACGUUGAGGCAUAGUUUAGUUGACUGCGAGAGCCAAGGUCCUUGUCUUCAUUGUUGCAGAAGAUAUUGCGAUCAUGAAGAAUUGAUUAGUGUCUAGAAAGUGGAGAUAUUUGCAACCCAACAAAGAAAAAAGCAUAUUCUUUUCUUUCUUUCUUUCUUUUGAGAUGGUCUGAUCAGAAAUUCAUCAUUUAUAUGCUCUAUCCAGUUGAAGAAGUGGAAUCUUCUCAUCUUCUAUAUAAUUCACCAUUAGGGUUUUUUAUCUUUUCAAUAAAUUUUAAUUUCUGCACUGGAAGGUGGUUAUCAGAUGAUUUUUGGUCUUGGGAGCUCCCAGGAUUGUAGAAGAAGGGAUGGUUAGAUUGAAAAUUAGAUGAGAUGUGAUGAUUAUUAAUUACAAGGUAGAAACUAGAAAGAAAGAAGGUGGGGUGAUGGGCAAAAUGGUUAUUAUGUUUAUUUUUGGAAAAAAUUAAUACUCACUGCAAAGGCUUCAACUCCGAGGAUAGUUUUAGUAUAAGGCAGUAAAAGUUUUGACAGAUACAAGCUCAGUUGGGUCCAGAAAUAAUUGGAAAAAAGUGAAUAGCAAAGGGAUAUUAUAUAAAGAGGGGGAGUUAGAGUCUUUGGACGGAAGAGAGCGAAAUGAUUGUGUAGAGGGAAAGGUAGAGAAUUCUAACUCAUUUGGGGUGGUGGGUAACGGUAACUUUUUUCGGAAACCAAUUGGGUGUGGUGAAAAUAAUAAGGAGACGUGAUCUUUUGCGAUCUCUCAUCUCUCUCUCUCUCUCUCUCUUUCACAGAAGCAGGCAGGGAGCAGGUUGGCUGGUAUCGAGGGGGUGGGUGGGUCUUGCUGGAACAAAACAGUUUUUCUUACAUAAAGGAACUAAAAAGAGAUGGUUUUACAGCUUGAUAUCUUCUGAUGAUUUUGAGGUUUAGAUUUCUUCUGGGAACCCGAGGAGACUUAAAAGUAUGGAGAUAGAGGGUUGGGGGUGGGGGGGAAGGAUCAUCUUCAUUGCUCUAACAUGUUAGAGAUUGAAGAUGACAAGGAUGUUACUAAUGCAAUCAGUCUGUAUCUUGGUGUUUUCUUAGGUUUUUGGGAGUUCACCUCUUUCUUUCUCUUCUGUCUCUCUCCCUCUCUCUCUCUCUCUGUCUCUGAGAUAGAAGCAAACGUUCUCUGUAUCUGUUACAUUGGACUCUUGACGUGACAUAUUUAGCUAAUUAAGGAAGGAGAUCGUAGCCUCAGGAUCAUAUAGUUGAGAGUGCCUCUCUCUCUCCCCACCCUUUGACUUCCUCCUGAGUGUGGUGGAGUUGGGUUUUAAGGGUUAUCAGCGGUAGUCGUCUUGCUCAGGGAACAAAAGAAACUAAUUUCUUCCAUUUGAAGGGGGUUUGCUUCUUGCUGUCCAUAUGCUGUUGAUCUUCUGUUGCUGAGGAUAGAGGAAGCUGAGAAAAAAGACUCGACAGUUCUAUUUAUAUGAUUUUGGAGGAUCUGGUGCUGUCCAACAGAAACGAAUUAGAGUCUGCAUAUUUUAUGGAGUUAAACGGUUUGUAAAAACUUUUCUAUGAGGACUUCUUCUGUGAUGGAGUGGAACCCAAAGACUCCCUCUCAGUGGGACUGGGAGAAUCUAGUGAUGUUUAAUGGAAAAGCAAAUGAGAUUCCUAGGCAGGUACAACCAACAGAUUGGGGGAUCGAAGGAGAUGGGGGAAUUGACAAUGGGUCUGUCUAUUCAUCUGCAGGCGGUGGCUGUUCUGGUUCUGAUUUGGGACAUGGCUCUUCAUCCAAGAGCUCGGUCUCUGCAUCUGUUGACUCAUCAUCAAAGGGGGGCAUAAAAAUGUCCAAUUUUAAUUUUGAGACAGCUGAAGCUUUGUCUAAAGAUUUUAGAAACAAGAAAGAAUUACCCAGAUUAGAAGAUACUGAAACCUCUCCAACUCUGGGAGUUUCAGGCUCCACUGAACCGUUGAUUGGUUUAAAGCUUGGUAAGCGCACUUACUUUGAAGACAUUUGUGCCGGCAGCACCAUUAAGCAUUCCUCUUUUUCUGUUAUUCCAACGUCAUCUUCUACCACAGCAAAGAGAUCCAGGGCAUCUUAUCAAAGCACACAGACCCCGCGCUGCCAAGUAGAAGGUUGUAACCUUGACCUUUCAUCAGCUAAAGAUUAUCAUCGCAGGCAUAGGGUCUGUGAAAGCCAUUCCAAAUGCCCAAAGGUAAUUGUAGCCGGCCUGGAACGUCGUUUUUGCCAACAGUGUAGCAGGUUCCAUGAUUUGUCUGAGUUUGAUGAGAAAAAGCGAAGCUGCCGCAGGCGUCUCUCUGAUCACAAUGCACGUCGCCGCAAACCACAACCAGAGGCAAUCCAAUUCAACUCUGCAAGGCUUUCUUCAUCAUUUUAUGAUGGGAGGCAACAGAUGAACCUUGUUUUAAACAGGGUGCCACUUAUUCAUACUAGACCUGCUGCAGAUCCAACUUGGGAAAGUGCAUCUGACUAUAAGCUUACACAAACAAGAGGAUCUCUGAUAAGACCAGCAAAAGCAGGAGGCAUUGAUGGACAAUUGCAUUUGCCAAGCAAUGAGAUGCCAAAUGCCAUUUCUAGACAUGGUCAUGACUCUGAUAGGCUUUUGUCAUCCAGGGGCACCAAUGCUGAGAUCCUUAGUCAAGGUCUUGAAGCAUCUGGGGUCGCUUCUAACUUGGACACAACACCGGAUCUUCGGCGUGCUCUCUCUCUUCUGUCAACUAACUCUUGGGGUUCAACUGAUCCUGAACCCACAUCACUUGAUCAGAUCAUGCAUACAAACCACACAAGGAUGGCUCAGCCAGUGGUGCCUCAAGACUUGCCACCACCUUCAUCAGAAUACUGGCAGGUUGAACAUCAGCCAGCUGUAUCCAGAGUACAUUCAUUGGGUGCAGAUGAUGAACUGAUGAGUGGAACUUACCAACACCAUCCCCCCCUGAAGCGGCUGAAUCCAAAGGAAUUCAAUGCAGUUUUGGCAUGGAAAGUGAAGUCCUCAACUCUGUGUAGGAGUCAAAAUGCAAGUGUAAAUUCCACGUUCUGAAAGUUAGCUACCACUUUCAUCGGGUUGUUUGCCCUCUAGAUCUCUACUGCAUAAUUGCAGUUUUCCAUGAUGUUGGUACACUAACUCCAUCCAAUGUCUUUUUUGUUGUCCAUUUCCGGAACCCUGAAAUCUUAUGCUAAACAGGUCAACUGCAUACGACAUUUAAGAUGGCAAUUUGAUUGCUUCCUUUAAUUUCUUUUGUUCAUACAGUAGAAUCUAUUCACUCAGUUAAAUUGCAAAGCUGUUCUUUAUGGAAUUUUACAGAAACUAACAUUAGAUCAUGAUGCAUUGUUUGGUGAAAA